GCGCUCCGCCCCCUCCCCGCCGGCUCCCGCCGCUCCCGGCGCUCCGAGCGCGGGCCUGGGGACUCGGGAUCCCGCCGCCGGGGCCGCAGCAUGGGGCGCUUCCGCGGGGGCCUGCGAUGCAUCAAGUACCUGCUGCUCGGCUUCAACCUGCUCUUCUGGCUGGCAGGGUCGGCCGUCAUUGGUUUUGGACUAUGGUUUCGGUUUGGAGGCACCAUGAAGGACUUCUCAUCAGAGGACAAGUCCCCGGAGUAUUUCUACAUGGGACUGUAUGUACUGGUUGGAGCAGGGGCCCUGAUGAUGGCUGUGGGCUUCUUCGGAUGCUGCGGAGCCAUGCGGGAGUCGCAAUGUGUGCUCGGAUCUUUCUUCACCUGCCUACUGGUGAUCUUUGCUGCUGAAGUAACCACUGGAGUAUUUGCUUUUAUAGGCAAGGGUGUAGCUAUACGGCAUGUUCAGACCAUGUAUGAAGAGGCUUAUAAUGAUUACCUGAAAGACAGGGGAAAGGGAAAUGGGACCCUCAUUACCUUCCACUCAACAUUUCAGUGCUGUGGAAAAGAAAGCUCUGAACAGGUCCAACCCACAUGCCCAAAGGAACUUCUAGGGCACAAGAAUUGCAUUGAUGAAAUUGAGGCCAUAAUCAGCGUUAAACUCCAGCUCAUCGGAAUCGUCGGCAUUGGAAUCGCAGGUCUCACGAUCUUUGGCAUGAUAUUCAGCAUGGUCCUUUGCUGUGCAAUCCGAAACUCACGAGAUGUGAUAUGAAGCUACUUCGACAUGAAAACUGCAAUCGAGAGCUUUCGUACAGCUGUCACAGGACCUGGCUCCUGGCUCAUUUUUAAUACUCAAAGGACAUUAGGAUCUUAAAAUAAUUUGCUGUCAAUUGUACAUUUGCACAUGUAUGUAUGUUUGGCUCAUUCCUCGUUUACCCCUUGAGUGAAUGCUCUGUGUGUUGACUGACAGCAUAUUCAUGUGUGAUCUGUGUGUUUCUGGUAUACGCAUUAUACAGAAUGAAAUCUGUUGGCUGAAAAUUCCUGGUUCUUGUUAUGUUAGAGGAACAAUCUAUUUAACUCUCAGAAAAAAGAUCAUAAAACUUUGAUACACUUUAAAAAACUUGGCUAUUCAGAAGAAGUGAUAAUGGGUCAUUCUCUCAGAUUCUAGCCAUAGAAAGUUCGAUACAGAGAAUUCAGGGAUUUCUAGUUAACAGAAGCAGUAAGUUAUGGGAAUUGAGAGAUCGUGGCGGGGUGCUAAAAUUGACUGCCUCUGAGUUGGGUGUCAGGGUUUCCUGGGAUUUUUUUAUAUACAUACUCUCCCCAGAACACAGUAAGCCACAGUUUUAGAACUAAACACAUCUGUAAAACUAAAUAUAGCAUGGAAAAUCUUAUUUGAAUAACUCAUACUUUCCUAGUAUUUAAAAACAAAAAACUCCCUCUGGAAAGAGUGGUCACACAGACAAUCAUGUGCCCUAUAAAAGUGAGUGUUUUUAGGACUUCAAAAAAAAAAAAACCUUUUAAUAACUUUUUGAAGACAUUUUUUUUCUUAUGUAAGUACAUUUAAACAUUGCUUUAUUACUUACUUUCCUUUUCUGACUCUGUUCUGAACUACAGCAACCCUCACACAAACAAAAGGGCUUUUAUCUCAAAUUUUUCUGUGUUUCUCCAAAUGUAAAGAUAGAAAGACUAAAGCCAGAGAUCUGGCAGUUGCAAUUAGUGGGAAAGAGAAUUUUCAUGGGCACUGUAUCCUUGAAAUACCUCAUAACUUGAGUUUACAUAUUUUCCUAAUUUUUUCUAUUUUUCUUACUCACCUAGAGAAUUCUUCAUAGAUUAUGAACUAUAGAUUCCACCACUUAAGAAAACAAAACCCUUCCUAAUUCAAAUAUUAUAAGCAUCCUUGGCCAAACCAAAAUAGAGAAAGAAAAGCAUCUACUAGUUGUGUGCACACAGCAGAGACAAGCUAAGGAAAUUAAAAUAUUUAAACACACAGAACAGAAAUAUGUUUUUUCUGUGUUAAGUCGCCUAUAAAAAUAAAAUUUUCGUAUUCUUUAUGA